UUGACAAGAACAAGCUUUUGACACACGGCCGCGUACGCCGCCGACGCGACGACCGGUUAUCAAGAGGCUGCCCCAGAGCCGGACCCGCCCCGCGAAGACGCUCUGGGGACCCGCGCUUGGUGCCGCGCUCAGUAAGCCGGUACCCAAGAGCCUGGAACCAUGCCGUGCUGCCUCUGCUUCUCCGACGCGCCCCUGAAUGAAAAUGAGUUGAAAGGGCAGCGGGCGGUCGCCAUCGGCCGCUACGUGGCCAACGUGAACACGUUCCAGACGAAGAUGAUCGACGUUCCCUGCUCUUGUGCGACGUUACCGUGCUGUUUGAUCUCGACGUGCCCCUACGUCUCGCUGUGCGUCCAAAUAGACAUGCGGCACCGUGUGCUCAAUCAUGUCAGUCCGGGCUCGGGCUGGACGCACUACCAGUGCUGCCAGGGCCACUGCCCCGUGUGCUGCUUCAAGCCGUCUGAUACACCACAUACCUUCCCGCGCACGUGCAUGUGCCUCGAGGCCUUCUGCUGCACUGGUCUGGCGGCGUCGGCGAACCGCUUCGUGAUCAUGGACAAGUACGGGCUGAUGCCAGACCCGUGCGACAACAGUCUCAUCCGGAUGAACAACUUCCUGCUACUCGCGCGCUGUAUCUGCGACAUCGCGGCGAUAUUCGAUAAGAAUCUGCGACACGCGGCCCAAAUCUUGGAUUGUCUUUCCGAGGUCCUCUUCUGGUCGACGCUCGGCUGCAUGACGGCGCAGACCUACGCCGAGGUCCAGUUCCGCGAGCAGGCGGCGAGCGCGGUCGUCUACCAGCCCAUGCCCGCCGAUAGCGAUUAUGGGUCCUACGAGGCGCCCAAGGCGCCGGGCGCCCCCGCUUCCACGGAGUAAUGGCCCCCUUUUUGUGAA